UGUCUUCCCUUUUAGCCCCAACAUUGCCGUUCCGUUCCAAAUUUAAUGCGUCCUCAGUGAUAGGAAAGCACGAGGCCUUGACAUUCGACUCCCCCGAGUCUUCUUUGCUUAUCCAUUUCCCAUGGAAAAGAUCAUCUUGUGACGUUCUCGGUCUCUUGUUGGAAACAAGAAUCAGUGUAGUUUUUCUUCUAUGGUUUCUUGGCUGACUGAAACAUCAAACAAGAAAGUUGCUGCCGGACCCCUCUUCCUGUCUUUCCUGUAUCCACUCUACCCAUACAAAGUAGAUGAACAGAGAGGGAGUUUUGGAAAUGCAUUUGCUGUGCUUGAAAUAAAUUUUAAAUGGAAGAUGGAAAAGGUUUCAAGCUGGAGAGCUAACUUGUCAAAUAUUUCUGGAUGGGAUUCACAAGUCACCAGUAAAUGGAACGGAGCUCCCAGUGUAUGUUGUCACCCUGCCAUGAAUUGGCCGAUUCCAGUUGACAGCACUAGACC